GUGCUUCAACCCCCUCUGCCGUUGGCAUCGGAAAACCCCUUCUCUUCGGAGCAAGAAUGCAUCGGUCACAUUGGUGCUCAUGCACAUCAUAGUUUCGCUGCAGCUGGCUCUGGUACGGCCCUUUCCGAGGGGUCAGGAUCUAUCUCCACCUCCCCCAGCUCCAACGCCUCAUCGUCGCUAGCCUUCUCGCCUUUUACCCAGACUGCAGCCACGCCCUCCUACUACAACUACCCCCUAGCAAACAAUACCCACGGCUAUUCGUAUAGCGGUUUCAGUAACAUGUCGAGUCGACGACUAUCAUCCAUCGGUAUCAUAGGGUAUGCGGCUCAGCCUGAUCGUCAUACCGACAGCCCACCCUUCAACGCACAGGAAAACUACUGCGAUAUCACCUGCGAGGGAACGACCGUUGUUCCCAACAUUGAAGCUAAGAUCGAGAAGGGCUUCUUCUGGUCUUCCGACCGUGUCUGGACCUGUUAUCGCAGGAAUUACUUUGCAGUCAAUGUUUCCUACGGGCUGAGCCCAUGGAUUCCCAACGGCCGGUUAUAUCUCAGUCAGGGCGGCAACAAAGCCCCGGAACAGAUACAGUCUAUCGCGGUUUCUCUUGCCGCCGCCGUAGACGGCACCGCUGGGAAAAGCAUCGAGCUGAUUCAGCACACCCCGAAGCGCGACAAGGGACCACAGCUUCCGAUGAAGAAGGAGCUCCUUGCGCCUACACCUCCCGGAAAGAGUCACGAGCACAGCAGUUACGGUCUGAACAACUUUCACCAGACAAACCAGAUAGCAGGCCCGCAACUACCGCUGCAGAGCGAGUCCGAACCCUCCCAGCAGUAUUCGCCAACCAGCCACGCGAACAGCAACUACCAACACGCUUUCGAACGCAUCCAGUUCAAGUCGGCCACCGCAAAUAACGGUAAGCGCAGAGCUCAGCAGCAAUACUAUCAUUUGAUUGUGGAGCUUUGGGCGAACGUCCAGAAUCCCCGCGAUGGCGAGGCCCGCUGGGUCAAGGUUGCCGCCCGAUCCUCCCACCCCGUGGUUGUCCGCGGCAGAUCGCCCAGCCACUAUCAGAACGAAGGCCCUCACAAUGCCAACGCUUCAAGAGGUGCGGGAGGCUCAGGUGUUGGCGGACCCGGCCCUCACGGGCUAGGCUCCAAUGGAGGGGGAGGAUACGGCGGAGGCUAUCGCAAUGGUCUCUCAGGCAGCGGUGGCUCGGCUAUGGGCGGAAGCAUGUACAGAGGCACCACGUACUCGCUUGACCCGAGCCCUGUGGGAAGCCACUCAGUCAGCUCCGCUAGCUCGCUGAGCGGGGGCCCUGUGGAAGGACUGGUAGGAGAUCAGCAUAUGGUCGACGAAGACGACACCAAGAUGAUCGAGACGCACAACGACUACCAGUACUAUCCCGCGCCCAUCUACGAGAGCAUCCCGCCAAAGGUUGAUCCUCCUGGACUCCCUCUACCGGAGCGUACUAGUAGGAUCAAAGAAGAGUUCCCAGGCCCGGCAUCUAUGGCCACCGGUUGGCAGGUCGGCAACUGCGGACGGUUCCAAGGAAUGGAGACUAGCCGCGGAUAUUACCCGGACGUACAUGCCCACGCUGGGUAUUGA